UUUCUAGAAAAAGGAGUACCUACUUUUUGGCUCAAUGCAAUGAAAAACAAUGAAGUGUUAGCUGAAGAGAUUUCAGAGCGUGAUGAAGGUGCUCUCAAGUUUCUCAAAGAUAUCAAGUGGAGCAGGAUAGACAACCCAAAAGGAUUCAAGCCUGAGUUUUAUUUCGAUACCAAUCCUUAUUUCACAAACACUGUUUUGACAAAAACAAAUCACAUGAUUGAUGAGGAUGAGCCAAUAUUGGAAAAAGCAAUUGGGACUGAAAUUCAAUGGCACCCAGGGAAAUGCUUGAUGCAGAAGAUUCUUAAGAAAAGUCCAAGAAGGGUUCAAAGAACGCAAAACCUAUUACAAAGACUGAAAACUGAGAGUUUCUUCAAUUUUUUCAAUCCACCACAAGUUCCUGAAGAUGAUGAAGAUAUUGAUGAAGAUAUGUCCGAGGAACUUCAAAAUCAGAUGGAGCAAGAAUGA